AUGGAAAUGCAAGACAUUGACUAUAAUGAUCUGCUCUCCUCCGACAUCUUCAACUUCACCUAUCCUCCCAUAGACGAGCUCAAGGCAGCCCCCUGUAGUGUGUCUAUCUUGGGCUUGAGCAGUGUUGGUCUGAUGGUCACAUACAUCAUUGUGUUUGUCCUAAGUGUGCUGGGAAACAGUUUGGUCAUCUACGUGAUGUGCUGCUUGGCCAGGAGCCGGACCACCACAGACAUCUACCUGAUGCACCUAGCCAUGGCCGACCUCCUCUUCUCCCUGACCCUCCCCUUCUGGGCCGUCUACGUCUACUCUCACUGGAUCUUUGGUACCUUCCUCUGUAAGCUCCUGUCUGGCCUCCAGGAUGCUUCCUUUUAUAGUGGGGUCUUCCUGUUAGCGUGCAUUAGCGUGGACCGCUACCUGGCUAUCGUGAAGACCACGCAGGCGCUGACUCAACGUCGCCACCUGGUGGGGAAAGUUUGUGGAGCCGUGUGGCUGGGGGCAGGGCUUCUCUCAUUGCCUGUGGUGCUCCAGCGGGAAGCUAUCCAACUGGAGGAUCUCAGCGACCAGACCCUCUGCUACGAGAACCUGACUCCGUCGAGCAGCAACCAGUGGCGGGUGUUUGUGCGGGUGCUUCGCCACACACUGGGAUUCUUCCUGCCGCUGGCAGUCAUGGUCGUUUGUUACAGCUGCACGGCGGCGACGAUGUUCCUUGGCAUGCGCAACACCGACCACAAACACAAGGCCAUGCGCGUCAUCCUGGCCGUGGUGUUUGCAUUCGUGAUAUGUUGGCUGCCGUGCAAUGUCAGCGUGCUGGUAGACACAUUGAUGCGAGGCGGCUCGCUGGGCGAGGAGACGUGUGAGUUCCGGAACAGUGUGAGUGUGGCGCUGUACGUGACCAAGGGGAUAGCGUUCACGCACUGCGCAGUCAACCCCGUGCUGUACGCCUUCAUCGGGCAGAAGUUCCGGAACCAGCUCCUGCUGAUGCUCCACAAGCAUGGGCUGAUCAGCAAGAGGGUGCUGGCCGCUUACCGCAGGGGCUCGGCCCACAGCACGGUCAGUCAAAGGUCUAGGAACACCUCUGUUAGCCUGUAA